GCGGCCUCCGGGAACAAGGUCAGCCGGCAGUUGGUGCUCUGCGGCAGCCAGAACAUCGUUCUCAACGGGAAGACCAUCGUCAUGAAGGAUUGCAUCAUCCGGGGGGAUCUGGCCAAUGUGAGGGUGGGCCGCCACUGCGUGCUGAAGAGCCGGAGCAUCAUCCACCCGCCCUUCAAGAAGUUCAGCAAAGGGGUGGCCUUUUUCCCGCUGCACAUCGGGGACCACGUCUUCAUUGAGGAGGACUGUGUUGUCAACGCGGCCCAGAUAGGCUCCUACAUCCACAUUGUCAAGAACUGUGUCAUUCUGAGUGGCCACCGGUGUGUCCUGAAGGACUGCUGCAGGAUCCUGGACAACACGGUGUUGCCCCCGGAGACGGUGGUCCCAACCUUCACAACCUUCUCGGGAUGCCCAGGUCAGUGGGGGGGGGGUGUCGGAGGGAGGUGUGCAUGUGUGUGCGUGUGUGAGGGAGGCCGGACCCCGCAAUGCAGCCCUUUUCAGGGUCCUUGGCGUCCCUUCAGCAACAGCAAGGGUCUCCCUCUGGGCAGCUCAACCAGGUAAUCCCAACUGG